AUGGCCGCCACGGGCUUCCUGCCACCGUCACAGGGCUUCCGGCCCUUGCCUCCCUCGCAGUCGCCCUACCCGCUCAACAUGUCGUCGGCCCAUCUCUUUGAACGCGAAUCCUGCAGGCCCGUCGGCUCUCCCUUUUCCAAAUCGCCCUCGCCCAUGGUUCGUGUCCUCAUCCGCCGUCUGCCGCUCAACACCUCGGAAGAAUCCCUGCGUCUGAUGGUGGUUUGGUCCAAGGAGCUGGCCGACGUCGAAUUGCUUCCCGUCGACAGGUCCGAAGACGAGGGAUUCCGCUCGGCCUUGCUGAGGUUUCGAAGCAUGGCUGGCGCCAUGGAGGCCAAGCACAUGCUCGACGGCCGCUCCAACAUCUCCAACGACGCCGAAAUGAUUGUCGAGAUCCUUGCCUCCAGUCCCGCCUCCACAAGGCGGCACGCGGCUGAGCAGACGCCGUCCAGUGCUACCUCGUCGGCCGCCUCUUCAGCUCCCGGCUCCCGGCAGCCCUCGCGCUUCAAUGGCGUCUUCCCGCCCAUGGACAAAAUCUCCCCGACCUCCAACAGCGCUUUCCCGGCCCACGAAUUCCUCAACAAGGACUCGAGCGCCGUCUUCCACAGCAUGUUCUCCCCCCAAUCUCCCAUCGGGAGCCACCUGUCCGAUCGACCGAGGAUUUCGGGCAAGACGCUCAUCAGUAACGAUCCUGGCGACGAUGACGAGACGAGCGACCUGCUCAAGGACCCUGUCGCAUACGCCGAGAGCGGCGCCAACUCCCAGCGCAGGGCCACGGCCCCACACCUCCCCAUCAACCGCAUGGCGGGCCUCUCGCUCAACACCGCCCUCGGCUACCCGGUUGGCGGCCACGGAUACCAGCCGCGACACAAUUUCCCGCCGGUCAACCCGGCCGAUCAAAACCCGCCGUGCAACACGCUCUAUGUCGGAAACUUGCCCAUCGAUACGUCCGAAGAGGAGCUCAAGGCCAUGUUCUCCAAACAGCGCGGAUACAAGCGACUCUGUUUCCGAACAAAACAGAACGGACCCAUGUGCUUUGUCGAGUUCGAGGACAUCUCCUUCGCCACAAAGGCGCUUCACGAGCUGUAUGGGCAUCCUCUGCACAACAGUGUCAAGGGCGGCAUUCGGCUCAGCUUCUCCAAGAACCCCCUGGGCGUCCGUUCUGGACAGGGCCCCGGCCAAGGCUCGUCAGGGUCGCCCGGGGGCGUCAACGGCAUCAUGUCCGGCAGCGCGAGUGGAUUCACGACUGCCCACGGUCCCCCACCGGGCCUGGCUGCUCCUCCCGGGCUAGGCGCAGGCCGAGGCGGCUCGUACAACUUGACGACAUCCAUGAACACGGGCGGAAAUCACCCGCAUCACACGAGCAUGUCUGGCUUUCCUGGUGGGCCGAAUCACCCGUGGAAUGCGCCCUUGUACAACAACGGGGUGGCCGCGGGCCCAAACGCACCCCUGCACGCCAACCCGGCCUAUCUUCCCCGGCACAUGAUGGGGAGGUGA